AUGACUGUUCUUGAGUGUUUGCAAAAUAUUUUUGGAUGUAGUAGUACUCUUAAACUUCUCAAGACUUUCUUUAAACGAUUUGCCAAACACAAUGCUCUUUUACCCAGCUGUUCCAAUUCUUGUCCAAAAGGAUUGUAUUUUGCAGCCGCACUGUGUGAUCCCAUUGCAUAUCACCAAGCGUCUGAGAAAAGGCAAGAACAGUUGAAAUCUUUACAGUUAGAUGAUGAAGAAGCAGAGGAGGACUCAGCUGGAUCUGAAGCUGUGCAAGAAGAUGGUUCAAAACCAACAGACACAGCAAAACAAAGGACUGUACUAGGAAAAGAGAGACAAAGGUCAAUAAAAAACGAGAGAAAGUCGAUAAAGAGAAAUGGCACAACUGAUUCACUCACAGCUGAGAUCAUGCCUAACCUUAAUCAAAGACGAGGCUCAGAAUUGAUUCUACGAGAAGCCUUGAGACGAGAGAGUUCCCGAGACAGUAUUUCAGGGUCAAGGCCACUUCAGCCACAGAGAACCGCCAACCAGCAUCCUGCGGUCACUAGUCGUUCACUCUCACUCCAGGCAGCUCCCUCUCCAGGUGCCAUGGAAAAAGGAGGACCUUUUGCUAAGAGAUCUAGAAGCACAAAGAAGCGAGAAGGAGGUAGUAUAAGAGAAGAACACAUGGCAUUCCGACAUUUUUAUACAAAAGUAGAACCUGCAUCCGUCAGGGAACUUAAGGAGCGUAAGGCAUUCCUAAAACUUAACCUGAAACAUCAGAAAGAGAUGGACAUCCUUGUAAAAAAACAUGAAAAGGAUAAAGACAAACUUCAAAAGAAUCACUUGUCAGAACAAGAAAAAUUGCUCAAGGACCUGGACAAGGAGAAAUUUUCUGCAAAGAAAAAAGGCGACAAAGAGCUAAAGAAGGCAGAGAAGAAGGGAAAUUAUGAGGAGACUUACCGUAAAGGAGUAGAUGACAUGAAUAGCCUUGCUCAAAGUCAUGAAUUGAAGGAGGAGGCAGUUGGUCUUGACAGAGAAACAAGCAUCAAUUCUCUUAAACGCGAGCACCGUGAAGCAAUGAUCGAUCUCUUGAGAAGACAGUUGAAUGAACAGCUGGAACUGGCUGAGAAGCAACUAACUCCAAAACAAGAGGAACUUGAGAGAUUGAUGCAGCUGUCACAAGAAGAAAAGAUGAAAUUACUGGCGGAUUUGCACGGAAAACAAAUGAAUGACUUAAAAAAGAGCCAAGACAAUCAAAACAGAGAAGAGUUAAAAGUUCUGGCUCGUCACCAUUCAAACAAAGACGAACUCCAAAGGAGAAAACGUGAGGAGAACAAAAAACACAUAGAGCAAUCUGUGAAAGAGAGACAGAAGAUGGCUGAGUUUCACAAGAAAGAGAGCGAGGAGUUAGAGAAGGAACAUGACAAGCUCUAUGAGUUACUUGAUGAGGACAAGAAAAAGAGUUUGAAAGACCUCCGAACCCUACACGAAACAAAACUGAAACAUUUGGCCGUGUGUGAACUGGAACUCACUUAUGCCUCGCUGUUUGGAGACAAGGUUACCAAGCUGUAAAUUUGGAGGCAAGGUUACCAAGCUAACUGUUUGGAGACUGUUCACGAAAUUGUAAAGUAGAACUACAAUGUUAUGUAACACUAGAUGAUUUAAAGCUUAUUUAAAAAAGCAGGUAUUUAAUGAAUUUUUUUUAUCAGUGGAAACAGAUCCAACUUGCAGGGAAGGGUAGAUUAGGUGCAUGCAUGUAUUAAAACCAACUGGGAAAACUCGGAAAAUGGAAUCCGCCUUAUGAGUUUUGUGUCUUCAAAACAGUUUUCUCAUAUCACAGCGUUACUUCAUAACGUUAUGCACAAUUGAUUGGAUGUUGUAAAGAAGCAUGUAUAAGAAACAUUUUUUCUAGAGCGUUAUAGCUCUUGAAGGGUAGCCUUGGUAUGAAAAUGAUUUUCUUCCAGUCGUGUAACAAAAUUCAGUAGGGACUCCUGUGUCUAUUUUAUUAUAUUAUUGCUUGUUAUAAUUAUUACAAUUUUUCUCAGAUGGACUCGUGAUUUAUUUAAGCGUAUUUAUAUUUAUUGUCGAGUGCCUUUGUAGGCGAUAAAAAUAAUGUCAAAAAAGUAAAUUUAACUCUAGUAAAAAAUUGAUAUUAAUGCGCACACCGAGGAUGGUUGUUAAAGCUUGAUUGAGCUAAUCCAGAGCCAGCCCGGAUCUUUAUUUCAGUUUGAGUUACUUUUCAGUGAGGUUUUCGGGUGUUUUUUUUUUUCUUUUUUUUGUGACCAUUAGUUUUGACUUUGGCCAACUCUAUCUCUUGACAAAAAGGCAUUGAAAAGCUUUGCUAUAGAGGGAAAUUUGUAAACCCGCUUUUAAUUCUGGAUUUGCGGUGAGAUAGUUUUGGAACAGCUGUUACCAGGCUUGAGAAAGUGACUGGUGAGUUGGUUGACCCAGCGUAGCGAUGCGAUAGUAUGACUUGUUUGUGUAGUGUAUGUAAUUUUUUUUUCAAGGGGACUUGGUUUCAUUUACAGUCCAUGAUUUCUAUUUUGCUUAGCAAUCAGUUACUAGUAUUCCGUUGUGUUCCACGCUUUGUGAGCAAAGGUAGUUUUCCCGCCACAAUGUGGUGUAUCUGUCCCAGUUCUUUUUGCCGCCAUAAUGUGCCUCGUUCGUCGCAGUUUUCUCGCCGUAAUGUACCGCGUUCGUCACAGUUUUCCCGCCACAAAGUGCCGCUCUUUGAAGUUUGGGCUCUAUAGGAUAAACCAGUUGUUGCAGUGCUUUCCAGUAGUUUGCUCGAACUGGAUUGCAUGACCGGUGCAUAUUUAUCUGGUCGACCAUUUUGUGGCCAUUAUUUAUUGUUAUACAACAGUUGCUGUUACGGUUAUCUUAGCAAACCUGUUAUGCUUGGGUGCUGUGUGGGAAAGGCUAAGUAGUAGAGUUUUGGGCAUUCUCAUUGCGCUUAGGCAGUAUUGCGUUUAUGCAGGUUUCACAUUGAAAAUUUCUAAUUUAAUUAGUGGUUACCAGAAUUUGAUAGAACUACUCAAUAGUUCGCCUUCAGCCUCGAAACCCAGAGAAGAAGAGUUAGGCUGGGAUAAGUAACAUUCCAGAGUAGCAAAACAGUCAAUUGAUAGCGGCUAAUGUAGACAUAUUUUACAACUUUGACAGUUAUCAUUAGGUAGAAUUUUCCGUUUCUAAUGACGGGCAACAUAAGGUUUGUUAUAUAACUGUUUUAGUUGCCUGUGUUUCCAAUUUGGACUUAAGUGUCCAUUGUUGUGCACGCUAUUAGCACACGAUCAUUGUAAAUAAUUUAGGGGUGGCAAACAUCAUUGUAAAUUUGUUACGGUUUCACGCCCCCCUUCAAUUGGGUGCAGAAGUACCUUAGGUUCUAUUUUAUAUUCAGGAAGUUUUGUUCCCCAGCAAGUGACAUAAUAUGGUUCAACUUUUUAUUCAACCGAAAGUCCCAUGCUGAUUACUUGUGUGGGUGUCCUGUGGUAUAAGAGGGUGAAAAAAGCCGAGAAGUUAAACCCAACAAUUUGGGACUGAUUUCACGAUUUUGAGUUGUCGACGGUUACAUGAAUUGUCGUAAGUUGUUUUGUGAUUCCCUCAUGUUGGAGAUUAGUCUAUGUGUGAGAGAGACUUUGAGCCGUCUAUUAUCACAAAACGUUUUCUUUUUCCUCUAAACCAACUAACAGGACUUCCACUCAAAGAGAUUCAAAGCCAAGGGCAAACGCUUUGUAACACAGUAUUUCAUAUAGGAAUGUUAUUAGAUAUGGACUCGCGCUGACGCUCAUCAGGCUGGUGUUACAUUGACCGUCACGCAUAGCCGAGUUGCGUGACGACCAUGACUGAAUCUCUUUUGCUCGAGAAAAGCCUUGGUCAUUUUAAAUUUUUCAGCAAGUCAAGAGUAAAUUGGCGUUUAUGCUGCGAACGUAUGCCAGAGUAUAUCUUGUUAAACGCGCUUGCUAUCAGCAGCACACAACCUCGUGCUCAGUGCUUAUCCCUUGAAUUUGGAUGGAAAAGCCCUGGGAACCAGGUUGAGUAGCACAGGCGAGAAACGUGUGAAGUUCUUUAUUGUAGCUUUUGCAAAUGCAGCUUGUGUCCGCAAUACGAGUUUCUUAUCUUAAUUUCACUGGAAUCCAGCAUUGUAGUUACCUUUAAGUUACAAGAAUAUUGAAGAAAACAUUAGUUAAAAUAAGGAAACAAUAGGCCCUUUGCAGCUAAGCCAUCACGUGACCUAUUUUUCAUAAAAUUAUGGGCUAUAACUUAACGAAUGCCAGAAAUGGAAAAAGCAUGUCGGAAAUAUAAAAAUGGACAAGUUUGAGACCCCUAUCAUUAAAGAAUGAGAUUUUAUGACGGUCUGAAUUUUUAAAAGAAUAAGAAGAUUUGUAUGG